AUCUCUCACUUCAUCUUCUCCCUCCUCACUUUGCUCAGUUCCUAUCCCACUUGUCUUCCUCUCUCUCCUCUCCACGCAUCUCUCCUCCUCCUCCUCCUCCUCUUCCUCCUCCUCUUCUCUCCUCACGCAGCAGCAGUGUUGCUCGGCACAGCAACGACUCGAAUCAAAGUGAGGACGUCUGCUUUUCUUUCUCUUGCCUCAUUGUUGUUCUUUUUUCUCAUGACGCCUCCUCCACUUCUCCUCUUCUCUUUUUAAAAUCGUUUCAGUCAUUUUCUCUUCAAUCCUUUUUUCUGCCUCUGAUCUUUUCGUGAGUGCAGCAGUUACCAUCCAAACAGCGUCUCUGCUAAACUGGAGCAUGAACACAUCUGCUCACCGGUUUUUUUCUCUGCUUUGUUGUCUCUUUGGAAAUAAGUCGACCAAUCCUGCAGCUUUAAUCCCGAAUGAAACGUCUGAAUGGACAUUUUAUCAUUUUUGACUUCUGGAAAUGAUGUAAAUCGCUCUGUCAGAGAUGAAACUCUGUGAAUGGACUGGAGGUUGAAAAUAAAUUGGCAUCAUGACGUCAGUCAUUUAACCAGGAUGGACUUCUCAGAUGUCUUCACUCCUGUUUCUUCACCACCAGACUCCUCUCUGGACAAUGUCAGUCAAACCUCCCCCUCCUCCCUGUCCAGAUCUCCUCCUCUACCUCCUCACUCUCAGGUGGUGUCAGUCUUCAUCGUGCUGGUGGUCACAGUCAUCAUCCUGGGGACCGUGGUGGGUAACGUGCUGGUGGUGAUGGCCGUGUUCACCAGUCGAGCUCUGAGGGCGCCUCAAAAUCUCUUCCUGGUGUCUUUGGCCUCAGCGGAUAUUCUGGUGGCGACGCUGGUGAUUCCCUUCUCUUUGGCUAAUGAGGUCAUGGGCUACUGGUACUUUGGUUCCACCUGGUGCUCCUUCUACUUGGCUCUGGACGUCCUCUUCUGCACCUCCUCCAUCGUCCACCUCUGCGCCAUCAGCCUCGACCGCUACUGGUCCGUCACGAAAGCCGUCAGCUACAACCGCAAACGGACGCCUAAGCGGAUCAAAGCGAUGAUCAGCGUGGUGUGGUUCAUAUCGAUCGUCAUCUCGUCCCCACCGCUCCUCAUGACGCAGAAAGAGAAGGAUGUGGAGACGGAGGACGAGAGGGACACACAGAUGCAGGAGUGUCUUCUCAACAACCACACGUGGUACAUCCUCUCCUCCUGCCUGGUGUCCUUCUUCGCCCCGGGAGUCAUCAUGAUACUGGUGUAUUGUAAGAUCUACCGUGUUGCCAAGCAGCGAGCCUCCACCGUGUUCGUGGCCAAGAAUGCGAUGGAGCGGCAGCCGUCACAGUCCGAGACCUGCUUCGUGGGCACGGCCAGGACCUGCCAAAGAAAAGGAGCCGGCGAUCGUCAGUACGAGCUGCACAGCCCGCAGCCCGUCAACCGCCACAGCUCGUCCAACAGAGACAGCACCAGCAGCAGCCACAGGAGAGGAGAGCUGGACGGUAUCGACCUGGAGGAGAGAAGCCUCGAGGCUGACGUGAAAACAUCCUUCCCCUCGUCUCUCCGUUUCCCCAGGAGAGCAGGUGGGAGGGUGAAGACAGAGGAAGGGAAGGACGCUGAGGUAACAACCAGCAGUUUGAAACCUCCUCCGCCUCCUUCCUGCGCCUCCAUAUCCUGGGCAUCAUCAGACCAGUUCUCCCACCACUGCCUCCUCCCCUCUCCCGUGCCGCUGCGCAGCCGCCACUCGUCUCUGUCCAAACACAAAGUGGCUCAAAUGAGGGAGAAGCGCUUCACCUUCGUUCUGGCGGUGGUGAUGGGAGUUUUUGUUCUCUGCUGGUUCCCAUUUUUCUUCACCUACAGUCUCCAGGCUGUGUGCAGAGACAAGUGUACGAUUCCCGACUCGCUCUUCAACCUCUUCUUCUGGAUCGGAUACUGCAACAGCUGCCUGAACCCCAUCAUAUACACCAUCUUCAACCGGGACUUCAGGAGGGCCUUCAAGAAGAUUCUGUUCCACACUCACAGACCAGCAUAGCGCCUCCAUGUGGUUUGAUCCUGUUUUCCACUGUGCUGUCAUUCCGACAUUAAAGGGCUUGUCAUACAGCUGCAGUAUUGAUUCAUUAUUCUAACGUAUGAAGUCAUCACUUUGUAUGAGCUGUUCUGUGAGAGUAUCACUUCAUAUAAAGUUCAUAUAUCGGACCCCUGAUGCAAUAAAGCUUCCACGGUAACACUGGGCUGAAUGUUAGUUAGGGAAAUGGCCGCGGGGCUGAGGACCUGCGGAGCU